UAUAAAGAGGCCAAGAGAGACUGAACAGGCCAAAAAAAGAAAGGAAGGCAUUGGAGAAGGAUGUUGCCAAUUGUGCCAAGCUUCCAGAUUUUUUUUUAAAGACAGACACUGAUGAGCGUAUUUGAGCAGGAGAGCUUAGAGAGAGGCCUAGGCUCCAGGUUAGAAAGAGCCCAGGUGGACCUCGCUGACCGCAUGCAGCAGCUGGACAAACAUUUUCUGUGCAUAGAGAGGGAGCUCCAUGCAAAAACCGAUGGAUGUUUCAGGAAAGGGAUGACUGAUAUGCUGCAGGACAAAGUUAUUGAGAAAUCAAGGGAGAUGCUGGCAGAAGAAGAAAUCAAAAGAGAAAAGGUGGUGGGAGAGACAAAGAGAGAGGAAGACCGACUGAAAGAGUUAUUUGCAGCGAUUGAAAAAGAGAAAGGAAGACUAACAGAGGAAGAGAUGAGGAGAAAAAUGGUGGAGAUGGAGAGAAAGCAAGAAGAGGAUCGACUAACAGAGUUGAUCAUGGCUAUUGAGAAAGAGAAAAUGAGAUGGACAGAAGAAGAAAUGAAGAGUGAGAAGGUGUUGAAUGACAAAAGGAGAGAACAAGGUCUCAGAGAUUUGGUCAUAGCUUUUGAAAAAGAAAAAAACAGACUGAAGGAAGAAGAACUGAAAACAAAAACCCUUCAAGCUGAGAGACAGAGGCAGGAAGCUCAUUUAAGAGAGCUAGCCAAAGCUAUUGAUAAUGCAACAGCCAGACUGGCGGAUGCAGAGAGAAAAAGAGAAAAGGUGUUGGGAGAGACAAAGAAAGAUGAGGAACGACUGAAAGAGUUGCUUACAGCCAUUGAAAGGGAGAAAGAAAGACUGAUAAAAGCAGAAAUGAAGAGACAAGAGGUGGACAUUCAGAGAAAGAAGGAGGAGGAUAAACUGAUGGAGGAAGGGAAGAGGAGAGAAAAGAUGGGAAGAGAUAUGGAGAGAGAGCAGAACAGACUGAUACAGUUGGUCAAAGACCAUGAGAAAAAGCAAGCAAGACUGAUAGAAGAAAAUAAGAAAAAGGAAAAAGUGGAGAAUGACAAAAAGAUAAUAGAAAAUAGUUUGAAUACGUUGUCCAAAGUAAUGGAGAAAGAGGAAGAAAGACUAAUGGAGCAAGAGAGGAAAAUGAGAGACAGACAACAUGAGAGACAGACAACAUGAGAGACAGAGGGGUGAAUUGAAACUGAGAGAGUUGGUCACAACAUGUGAGCAUCAGAAAAAGAAACUUGCUGAAGAGCAAAAGAAGACGAAAGAGAUACAGAGCCAGAAAGAAAAAGAGCAGGACAGACUGGCAGGGCUGAUGAAAGCAGCUGACAAAGAGAAACUGAUGGAAGAUGAGAAAAAAAGAGAACAGCUGGGGACAGAGAGAACACAGAUAAAGAAGAUAACCAUGGCAGCGGAUAAACAGAAAGAGAGAAUGGUGGAAGAGGAAAAGCAACAAAAAAGGGUUGAAAGGCAGGGAAAAGGAGAUGAAGAACAAUCAAAGCAGUUGUCCGCAGUAACGGAGAAAGAUAGACCGAUGGAGGAAGCAAGAAAGAGAGAAAAGAUGGAGAGAGACAAUAUAAGACAAGAUGUUUUUCUGGCUGAAUUGAAGAGAGAGAAUGAGACAUACAUACAUGGUGAGGAAGUCAGGUCAAAAGAGGUGGAUCAAAGAAAUGUUGAGAAGAAUGAUAAAGAAACUCUGAUAGAAGCAAUGAAAAGCAAAGUGAUAGAUGGUCAGAAAAAGGAAGAAAAGUCAUUGAUAAUGGACAAAAAGAAGUGUGAAUCUGUGAAGGUGCAAACACAAGUAAAAAUGGGAAAAGAGUUGGGAAUGGAGAGCAAAAAUGAGCAUGAAAAGCAAGUAGGAAUAAAAAAGACAGAAACUCAGAGAAUGUUAGAACAUAUACAGAGAAAGGAC